AUGGCCCUCAGCCACUCGCCGCGCAAGGUGGUCCCGCUCGCGAGUGGCGAUGACUGGGUCCCUCGACCGAGGGUAAGGUCGGCCGUGCCGACCGUCACAAAACGCGUCUUCUUCUGCGGAGUGGUCGUCGAAGGCUCGGAGGGUGGUCGAGCAAUCCCGCCAGAUGUGCAAGACCUCAUAGCUUCGCUUGGCGAACCCCUCGAUCUCGAUUCAGACACGGAACAAGAAGAGUCUGCUGCGCAGUCUUCAUCAAAUUCAGAUGCUGAUGGGUCGCCAACAGGAACUCGCCGUAGGGCCAUGACGAACUCGUCCGCCCUCGCAGAUGUCACGAAGGAAUUCCUGUCCACGGAACGGACAUACGUGGGCCGCCUCAGGACGCUCAAGGCCGAUUACGCGGAUCCCCUGCGCCUAUUUGCCCGAAGCAAGGAUACAUCCAUAUUGCCUGCAUAUGCAGCUAAAACCCUGUUCGGUAACAUUGACAAUAUCUUGCCUGUGAACGAGGCCUUCCUCGAGGACCUGGAGAAGAUGGAUCAACCGAAUGGUCCCGGAAUCGGAGACGUUGCGCUCAAACACUUUAAGAAGUUGCGCGGCUUCGAGCAUUACAAGCAGUAUUAUGCCAAUAGGGCAGAAGCGCAGGCGAUCUUCGAAAGGGAAAUGAAGAAGUCGCAAGGAUUCAGUGCGUUUGUCGAUCGUAUCAAAUAUUCCUCGGCUGACACCAAGAACCGCAUCGGUCUGCGCGAGCUUUUAAUGGAGCCCGUGCAGCGAAUACCGCGCUACACGCUCAUGUUCCGUACGAUGCUGAAACACAUGGCCCCAAACGAACCCCAACGUGCAGCAUUGGCCGAGGCGGAUGAGAUCGCGUCUAAAAUAGCGCUAGCGGAGGAGGACGAGCAAACGAAGCGUGCUGCGAUUAUGUAUUGUCUCAGCGCAAGUAUUGAGGACUUUCCCCCAGCCCUGGUGUCUCAUGCGCGGCGCUUCAUUGACUGCAUAGAUGUGGAAGACGUGCCUAUUGACGGGCCAUCGACCUUCUCUGGGGGAGGCUCGGCAGCGCAAUCUGGAGGAAACCUCCACUGCACUCUGUUCUUGUUCGACGACAAACUCGUGAUAGUGAGGCGGCCCAGUGAGAAGGGCGGCCGCAUGCUCGCAGGUCUGGACAACCCGGACAAAAUGGCGAAACCUGGUCCAUUUUCUCUUAAUAAGAAGAAGAGCGGGAUGAGCUGCAAGGGUAUGGUUGACCUGACUGACGUCGUUGCUACCGACGUCGGUGGCCCGAAUUUCCACUUGUACCUAGAGGAUCCUCCUCAAGAUCAGGAUCAUCGUUGGGUAGGCCGACCUUUCCGGACAUUGUCGGUUGUGCAUCCGCCUUCACCCAUCGUUUAUGACUCCGCGGCAGCGGAGGCGGAUAAAACGCGCUUCCUCGAGAAUCUGUGGGGUGUCCAGGGCAGGUACAGAACGAAGAAGGGACAAUCUGUCGUGUUGUGUGGCGAAGAGCGCGAAGUUGAGGAUCGUGCAGGAAAAAUCACGAUCGCAAGAACCUACUUUAACGUGUACACGAGGACUGCGUUCUUACAAGAAGCAAAGAAGACCAAGGCGGUUCUGCACAUUGACCCUUUAGGUUCGGCUGACCCCAUUCCUUUUGGUGACAAUGGCCCACCGCUGGUUAUUGCUAGGGUGCAGCCCUUGGCCGGUGAACUAUCUCGUUAUAAAGUCACGUCGAGCGAACCGAGUGACGACGAGGAUGAAGACAUCGUGCAAACUGCUCGUGUACCCGACCGGAUAGUAUACACAAUUCACCAGUAUGGCCUGUUCAAGUUCCGCACAGGGAAGAACUCGAUGCCUUCGACCCCAACAGCGACCAAGUCGAGAGCGGCGAUUUUUGGUUUGGACGCAAUUUCCCGCAACCUCUUGUUCCAUGCCCGGUCCGCGACUGCAGUGGGUGAUUUUAUUAACGGCUCGACCAGCGGACAUAGGAGGACGAGGACUACGCCUUCUGUGAGCCGCUCCUCGAUAUACACGGACACGACCGGCGACAGCUUCUCGCGAUUCUCGCGAACCAACUCGACAACUACAACAGCUACCUCCGUUAUGGACGAUCAGUCUGCCAACAUGUCAGCGAACAGCCGGCGGUCGCGCUCCUUGUCGCGUGCGAAGAAGCUCAUCAAGCGCGCCAAGUCACCCAAAGACGGAGAAUCUGGGACCGACCAGGAUGCGUCGCCCAGGCGAAGCAACCUCGCACUAUCUCCGAUUGUCCGCGUGAGGACAUUAUCCAACGCGUCGUCCGAUACACCCACCGACGAGGACAGGGACAGUAACGAGUACUAUGAGCCGCACAGGGUCGUCAUGGACGACUCGGAACACGACUUGGCUAUGCGUCUGGAGCUAGCCCGCCGAAAUAGCCAGAAUCAAAGCGAACAGCAAUUCUCGCCGCUCGUACUUGAGACUCCAUUGGAGGAUACAAUCUAUGAAAAUGAUCCUCCCAAUACCAACCGCCCAUUCUCGAGGGCGUCCCGACAGUUGCCAGAACUCCCCGACGUGCAGAGUCAACGUUCGACGACUCCGAGGCCGACAACACCAAUGAGGCCAGUUACUCCGGAUUCGGCUCGUAGGACUCGCUCGCUCUCUCGGAAUUCCUCAGAGCGACGGCCCAUGGGCCCACGCACGCCCUCCCCACUUCCUCCUUCGAGAAGUCCGCACGUAUUCCCGUCCACUGAAAUACCUUCCGGUGAUGCAGAUGAUGACUUUAUACUUGAGCCCACUUUGGUCAACACGCCUCAGCCCCCCGUCACACCCACCCGUACGCCACUACCCCGAAGCAGACGACAGCCGUUCGACCCUACGGGCAAUCUCGACUCUACACCGAAGGCGGAGGCACCGAUGUUUCAAGGGAUUGUGGAACCGCUCUCCAUUGUGAAGAAGACGUCGCUGCGGACGGGUAACACUUCGCCCACACAAGGGAAGAAGACGGGCACCUCCUCGCGUGGCUCGCCGAAGGGGAAGGGAUCCCCUCGUAGAUCCUCAGCACAAAAUCGCCCCUCGCGAAUACCCGUGCUGCAGGUCAACCCUACGACGAACGAGGAGGCUUUGCGUCUAAUUAGAUCUGUUGAAUCUACCAAAGAAGAUAUCGAGUCUUCGCGUCGGGCAAUCAAGCGCAUACGGCUGGAGGCAGAGAGGUUGCGUUCAGCCGAUCUCGACCGACCUUUAUCGCCACUCCGCCCGGCCUCACCACUUAAGGGACUUCGUGCUCCUACACGGACUACUGCUCCAUUAACGAGGGAAGCUCAGGCUCGUAUGGAAGAGAUGCAGCGCCUUAUUGCAAAGCGCACUGCCGAUGGGACCGGCCGCACUCGCAGUCAGAGCGUGUUCAGUUCCGCUGGCAGCGCGCCUUCCGCUUCACGGCUAUCAGAAACUCCUCCAAAGGCCACCGAAGUGACGCGUUCGUUGGAGGAGCUCACUGACCAGGUAGACGACUGCCUAAUUAAAGCGCUGAAGAACCAAGACAGUCUACAAGACAACCUGGAAGUGUUUGUGACACAGGUCAAGGAUAAAUCCCUAGAGAUCGAGCGCAUAAAACAUGAAUUAGAAACUGUGAAGCAGCGGUGCGAGUCCUUGGAUAUCUCAGUGAAGGAAAGCAAUGAUGAGAAGGAGCUGAUGUAUACGCUUUUUAACGAGGAAUUGGACACCAUGUAUAAUGAUGCUCAACUCCCCGACACUGAGGGGUGGGAUGCGCUGACCCGUGAUCUAAGCCACACCAAGCAGGAGAGAAAUGUCCUAUCGUUGGAGAAUUCAAAACUCAAACGCCGCUUGAUCGAGGUGGAGAUGCAGAACGAAGAGUGGGGAGCGAUCUUACGAAAACAUGGCCUUAUACCUUGAUGCUCCAGAUAGCUUUUUGUGAUUCUUGCUUUAUUUACUAAUUUCUACCCCCAUCUGUAGACUACGCACGUCUUCGUACUUCAUGUAUAUCUGUAUUCAUGUUUCCUGUAUAUUACUUCUUGUUGCAACCUACGCUACAGCUUUAUUUUUAGUCUCACAGUGAAUGCAGGGUCUUGUAAUAAUCCACGUCUUGUCAAA